AUGGCUAAUUAUAUUUCAUUUCCUAUACUCGACGAGCUUGUCCGAUUCACCGAACACGAUUCGGGGUUUGAAGAUUCAGUGAAGGCGAUGGCAUCGGGAAUUCUCAACUAUUAUUUUCCGGCAACAAACGGGUUUACCGUUGCCCCAGAACAAAACCGAAACGACCAUUAUGCAGACUUUAUCAUCCUUCGGAUCCAGCGACGUUUUCCGGGUGAUCGAGGCGUCAUCGAUCAUACCUUAGCAGAAGCAAAAAAAACCACUGAUUCCAUCCAGGGUGCACUGGAGCAGCUUGAGAAUGCCCUUGAGAAUGCCCUUGAGAAUGCCAACACAGAAUUCGGCCGCUGCUGGGCAAUCCUGGUUCAUGGUUGCACAUUUCACUUCUACGAAUAUCACAGUACUUGCCUCCGAACGCACGGCUUAUUCCAUGGGGUCCUCCGGGUCAACCAUCCCGGAACUCGUUCCAUGCACGGAAUGAUAACGUAUUCAUCGACUGGAUGUUACAUCAUAUGGCUCAAAACAAUACUCCACCUGUGCGCUCGAUUGCUGAUGAGUCCGACAGCUGAAAUUGGUAUGAAACUGCAUAACGAUGACAUGGUAUAUUUAAAAGUAUCUUAUCUCUUAGAGCAAAAAACCGGCUAUGAUGCUAAUUCGACCCCAAAAUGGAUUAACCUUGGGCCUAAAAGACAUCUAAUCCGUAAGCCAGACCGGCAAAUCCGUAUUCGGAGCACCUUGGGAGAUCCGGCCACUAACACUUCACAGUCUUCGCCAGCAUACCGCCGGCUUACGUGGUUGAUGCCUCCAGGAACAAGUUCUGUGCAGAGUUUUCCAUCUUUACAGUCAGGACAAAUAACCUGA